CCGAUACCCUCAGUGUCGAAUCCAUUUACUAUCCACCGGAGAAUGGCCUCUCGCCAACCCUUCUGCAAACCCACCGCUGCCGUCGCCACCUGUUCAUGCCAUUGUUGCUACACUACCUACUCCACUUGUCACGGUCACCCUCUGCCACCGCCAGCGAUGGAGCUCCAUCUCCACACAACCCCUUCUCACAUCCUCCACACACCAACCCACAUAGAUCCACCUUACACCACGUCACCCCACCUCCCAAAUCCACCUCAACACUACCCCCUUCGCUAUUUCCAGGAACCCCGACACACACAAAUAGAUCCCACUGUGUCUGUAUCCUCCCUACUCGGCCGCAUCUCCGCCCUCGAGUCCGCCCUCCGCCGCCGACCUCCCUCGUCUUCUCAGUCCCUCCGUGAGGCUGCUGCCUCUAUUAUCCAGUCCCACUUCAGAGUCUUCCUUGCACGCAGGUCAAGAACCCUUUGGCAGCUUAAAGAUCUUGCUUCCAUCAAAUCCACGCUCAGCAUUCUGAAAUCCUCAGUUUCCGGAAAUACCCAUUAUGAUUGCGAAGCUUUAUCUCAUAAACUCAUGGCCCUGCUUCUCAAACUCGACUCCAUUAAGGGUGGUGAUCCCAUGAUUAGAGAUGGCAAAAGAUCACUAAGCAGGGAGUUGGUUAAUUUCUUGGAGUUCAUUGAGGGUUUGAAAAGAAGGGAGCUUUCAAGUAGAUUAGUUAAGAAUGUGAGGAACGGGGAGUCUAGGGUUUUCCAAUGUAAGAGAAUUAUGGGCAAUGUCAAUGUGGAGAAAUUGAAAGGUCUAGUAGAAAGGAUUGAAAAAUUAUCUGAGUACGAUGAGGAGGGAGUUGAGUUAACUGAAAACUCUGGUAGCGGUGACAUUUCUAUGAUAAGAAAUCGAUGUGUUUCUCAGAAUAGAAAUGGUGGUUUGAUGAAAAGGGGCGAUCGGGUUCAAUCCAAGGGAAGAAAAAGUGUAACCUUUGCCGAGAAUGGGAAUGUUUAUAGGGUUUACAGAUCAAGCGGGAAGCCAUGUUUGAAUGGGGACUGUGAUGUUAGCAUCAACGAUGAUGAUUCAAUUGAUGAUGAGAGAGAGCUCCUGGAUGAUCUGUGCCGAGAAGUUGAAGAAAUUGGAGUGUCUUCGAAAGAGGCUGAGGAUGAUGAAGAGGAGAAAGAUCUGUUGGGAAAUGGAAGUGAUGGCAAAAACGAAUUGAGAAAUUAUCCGGAAAGUGAAAGUAAACACAUCGAAAUUGGAGGUUUUGUAUUCUCAGCUCCGUUGCCUGUGAAGAUGGAAACGAGAGGUGAUUUAUUGGAGAAUAGGAAGACUGUAAAAUUCGCCAAGUAGCAUUGAGUUGAUCCUAACCGUCGAAAAUUGUGUUCGAUCGAUCCUAGUCCUGCAGGUAAGAUGAACUAGGCUAUCUUGUUCUUUAAUUCUAACUACUUUGUUAGUUUGGACACUUCUUAGUUCUUUGAAUAAUGAUUGCUUGAGUGUAUUUUAUCCUACUUCAACCUCAUUGGUAAUGUCUAAUGACCUCAGUCUUGUUUCCUUGAGACUUAUGUACUCGAUGUGGUUAGAGGUUGCAACUAAUGGUAUCAAAGUCAAGCACCCUUAUGGACAUGCUCGUUGCAGGCAGGGAGCGACUCAGGGAGGACUACUUCUAGUAGUAACAGUUCUGUGAAAAUAUGGGUUGUCGUGAAUGCCUGUUCUGAAAAGAUGAGUGGGUUUUAGUUUAUAACUGAGUCCUAUUUCGUUUAGUUAAAGUUUGAUUUGUCAAGUUGUAACCCACUUUUGGCAAUUUUUCUCUACAAGUUGGUUUUGAAGAUGAAUUUUACCUAAUGUGAUUGUAAGCAUUUGAAUUAACUCGUUAUGCUGGUUAGGAAAUUUUCUUCAUCGUCGUGCUUGUUUUGUAGCCAUAUUUUUUUAUGACUUGUAAGUUAGUUUUACAUUAGAAUGAUAUAUGUUUAUGAAUUA